CCGAGCAAUGCGAGGAAAACCCGAAGGCUCAAGAUGCAGCACGUUAACAAAGGAACGGUUCUUGGAGCGUGCAGUUGGCAAGUGCCCUGAAGUUGAUGUUCAAAUUGGCGGUGUUCUAGUUAGAUGUCUGCUAGACACAGGAAGUAAUGUGAGCACCUUAACAGAAAGUUUCUUCAGGAAAAACCUCCAUGGAGAAGACAAAGACCUUCACCGCACCUCUAAGUGGUUGAGAAUAACUGCAGCAAACAAGCUACCACUUCCAUACCUGGGCUAUGUUGAACUGGAUAUACAAGUGAUGGGGCUAACUAUACCUGAGUGUGGGUUUCUAAUAGUCCGAGAUGGGGAUGCUGCAGAACUAGAUCCAUCUCCCCCUGGUAUCAUAGGCAUGAAUAUCACCCAGAGAUGCAGAGAGUUUGCACUGACUGAGUUUGACACCACUUUAGGAGGAAAGCUGGACUCUGUGUGGAGAGAAGCCUUCAAUCAUGUACAGGACAUUGAACUGGAAAAAACGACGUCCACAGUCAAAGUUAGCGGUAAGGGCAAAACCCAUGUACCAGCAUCCUCUGUAGCCACGGUCUAUGCCAGAGUAAACAAGAGAGCCACUGACACCAGUGCUUGGCUGCUGCUGGAACCCGGGAGCACCCCAUUACCAGGUGGACUGAUCCCCAUGCCCACCUUAGUGUCGCCCAAAAGUCAAGUGCUUCCAGUUCAAGUAGUCAACCUCUCCCAAGAAGAUGUUUGGCUGCCCCCUAAUGUUCGGCUUGGCGUACUUACCCCCUGUCAGUGCGUUGAGAGUGACGUUUGUGAGGUGAGGUUUCACAGCAUCUCUGCCGAACACGAAGAAGUGAGUAUUGACCAGAGAGACAAACCAGAGUCCAAUACUAGCCCAAGGAAUCUGUUAAGUAGACUGCACAUAGGAGGUACCCCAGAACAGCAAGCAAGGCUCUGUGAGCUACUAACAAAGUAUGCAGAUGUGUUUGCAGAGUGCGACGAAGACCUGGGUUAUACAGAUCGAGUGAAACAUGAAAUCCACUUGACAGAUGAUGCCCCCGUUGCCCAGCCAUAUCGCAGGAUACCACCGACUCAGUUUGAAGAGGUCAAAGAGCACAUCUCGGGUUUACUCAGGAAGGGUGUCAUCCAGGAAAGCUCGAGUUCCUACGCCUCACCCAUCGUUCUGGUGCGCAAAGGCGAUGGAAGCCUAAGGCUGUGCGUGGAUUAUAGAAGACUAAAUUCCAAGACUAAACGUGAUGCUUUUCCAUUGCCACGUAUUGAUGAGAGUUUGGAUGCGUUGGGUGGAGCUCAAGUGUUUUCGACAAUAGACCUUGCUAGCGGUUACCAUCAAGUUGCCGUCCAUGAAAAGGACAGAUAUAAGACAGCAUUCACUACACCUUUUGGCCUCUAUGAGUACCGGCGGAUGCCCUUCGGGCUGUGCAAUGCGCCCGCAACGUUCCAGCGGCUCAUGCAGGCCAUCAUGAGUGACUUUGUGUUCCGAAUUGUGCUUGUCUACUUGGAUGACUUGUUAGUGUACUCAUCCACCUUUCACGAACAUCUGGUGCGACUUGAAACUGUAUUUAGAAGGUUGAAGGAAACUGGGCUGAAGAUUAAAAUAGAGAAGUGUCAUUUCUUGCAGCCAGAAGUGAGAUUCCUUGGCCAUCAAGUUUCGUCGCAAGGUGUGAGUACAGACCCUGACAAGAUAAGUGCAGUUCGGGAGUGGCCAGUCCCCAGUACUCUCAAAGAACUGAGAUCAUUCUUGGGGUUUUGUAGCUAUUACCGGAGAUUUAUCGAAGGUUUCUCUCAGAUAGCCGGGCCAUUGCACGAUCUAGUGAAUGUGUGCCUUAGAGAUACAAGCCCCAUCAAGGCAGCUCAGCUGUAUAAAAGGUCUUGGACUCCCCAGUGCCAAACGGCCUUUGAGCGUCUCAAAGACAAACUUACCAGUGCACCAAUGCUGGGGUAUGCUGAUUUCACUCUUCCCUUUGUGCUUGAGACUGAUGCAAGUAACCUCGGGUUGGGAGCGGUCUUGUACCAACAUCAAAAGGGUGAGAGGACUGUAAUCGCUUAUGCCAGUAGGAGGCUGAGAGGGGCUGAGAAAAACGAUCAGAACUACAGCAGCAUGAAGCUGGAGCUGUUAGCACUUAAGUGGGCGGUCACUGAAAAGUUCCGAAGUUAUCUGCUGGGGUCCAAAUUCACCAUCAUAACAGACAACAACCCCCUCUGCCACCUCACGACCGCCAAAUUAGGAGCCAUUGAACAGCGCUGGGCUGCCCAGCUCGCUGUUUUUGAUUUUGAAAUCAAGUACCGCCCUGGACGAUGCAACACUGCAGCUGAUGCUCUUUCUAGGAGACCAGGAUCCAAUGAACCACACUCUGAGAGUGAAGAUGCAGAGUAUGAUGGCUGUGUGGCAAUCUGUAAUUCGCUCAGGACAGGAACAGCUUUGGGACCGGAGCUGUUAGCAGCAGGAGUUGAGUGCAGCCGAGUCAGGCAGUUACAAACCGCCUUGGCUGGAGAAGGUGAUCUUGGGUGUGAGAAUACUCCCACUUUGCCCGGGUAUUCCAAGGCAGAGCUUCGUCAGUUUCAGGAGUCUGAUCCAACACUCAGUGUGUUCAAGAGAUUCUGGAGCCGGCAAAGGAAACCUACCAAGCAGGAGAGAUUAGUCCUGUCCAGAUCAGUGAGUUCCCUGCUCAAACAGUGGCCAAGGAUCAUUGAAAAGGAUGGUCUCUUAUACCGUGUAAUCAAGGAUGUCCACACUGGAGAAUGUCACCAGUUAUUGUUACCCACCUGCCUGACAGAUCAAGUCCUGAAAAAUGUCCACGAUCAGAUGGGUCAUCAGGGGAUUGAGAGAACCUUAGCCCUGUUGAGACAGAGAUGUUUUUGGGGAGGAAUGUAUGAGGAUGUGGAACAGUGGGUGAAGCAAUGUCAACGCUGCGUGUUAGCAAAGAUGCCGCAACCCAAGAUUAAGGCACCGUGGGCUUCAUUCUUGGCCUCCCGGCCACUGGAGGUUGUAGCAGUUGACUUUACAACUCUUGAACCAGCCACGGAUGGGCGAGAAAAUGUUCUAGUAGUGACUGAUGUGUUUACAAAGUUCAGUCAAGCAUUUCCCACUCGUGACCAGAAGGCCGAGACCACCGCCAAGAUCCUCCUCAGAGAAUGGUUCCUGAAGUAUGGAGUUCCCGAACGCUUACACUCUGAUCAGGGCAGGAAUUUCGAAAGCGCUGUUAUCGCGGAGCUCUGCAAGUUGUAUGGGGUCAAGAAAACUCGUACAACCCCACAUCACCCCCAGGGUAAUCCGCAAUGUGAAAGGUUCAACAGAACCCUUCAUGACCUCUUGAAGUCUCUCCCGCCUGAAAAGAAGCGCAGAUGGCCGGACCAUUUAUCUGAGCUUGUUUAUGCAUAUAACGUAACACCGCACUCGUCGACAGGGUACUCACCAUACUAUCUGUUGUUCGGGGUCCAGCCACAUCUGCCUGUUGAUGCUCUAUUGGGCCAGGAGCCUGUAACAGAUGAUAAGCCUGACUGGUUAAAAGUGCAUCAAGAACGUCUCCGAGAUGCCCAUGUUCGAGCAAAGGAAUAUGCUGAACGGAGGGCGGUGGAAAGAGCAAGGCAGCAUGAGGAGAAGGUAUAUUGCCCAGCUGUAGAGGUGGGGCAACAUGUGUACCUGCGACACCGCCCGCCUGGACGAAACAAGAUUCAGGACGCUUGGUCUUCCAUCGUGUACCGGGUGUUGGAGGUACAGGGGACCACCUACACCGUGGAGCCUGUUGAAGGAGGCACAGUAAAAAGAGUGCACAGAUCCAAUCUCAGGCCCUGCAAUAAUCCAGUACCAGUGCCCAUGCCAAGGAAUUGGAAGCCCCCUAUAAAAGAAGUGUGUACCUCAGCUCCUGAGUCAGAGAUGCCCUCGCUGGAAGCAGAGUGCGUUCUUGUGGAGGAAGUUCUUUGUCCUGUGGAGAAACUGACAGUAGCCCAGACAUCUGAGUGUCCAAGGCAACCGGUUCCUGAUCAUUUCUAUGAUCAUGUGGAGCAAUCUGAUACGAGUGGUGACGGUUCAGGACCAGAGAGCCAUGGGAUACCUGAAGGUGCCCGGGAAGUGACUCCAACAUCGGUGGAUUCAGGAAAAGAAAGUGUCCACUUACCUGCUGGGGAUCCAGUGAUGAGACCUGUGCCUGCUCCUAGAAAUAAAAGAGGAGAGUGUGUUAAGUUGGAAGUGCCUUGUCCUGCAGUACGUAAAACACAGAGAACAACUGCAGGAGCACAUAGUAACCCGUAUCGACUGCCCAGGUCUGCGUGCAAUGCAGUGUCUUUCAGUCCUGAUGUGCUCUCUCAGGUGCUAGCUGGAAUGGUCCUUUAUACCACUGGGCAGCUUCAAGGGGGGCAAGAUGAUCAGAUAUAUGGCGAUCAUGUCAAAGAUGGUCAGUCUGUAGAUGAGUUCAUUGACGAGGUUGAACGUGUAAUACGGGUGAGGGGUUUGAACACUGAUGACCAAGUGGACUUUAUUCUGUCCCAUUUAAGAGGUUCAGCCUUAGACGAAGUCAAGCUGUGUAUGGGGGGAGAGACUAAACAACCCAGUGAUCUGUUUUCAUAUCUGCGUGGGGCCUUUAGGGAGAAACGUACCACACCUCAGUUGUUGCACGCUUUUUAUGCACGCAGACAGUCAGAGGGAGAAGAUUUCCGUGACUUUUCCCAUGCUCUCUCUCAGCUUCUUAGCGCUGCUCAACAACAGUCCCCCAAUGCUGUGUCUAAUCCCCAGAUUGCUUUAAGAGAUCAAUUCAUUGAAGGCAUAAGGGAUGCGUCCCUGCGUAGAGAGCUGCGCAAACUUAUUAGAGAAAAGCCUCAAUCCACCCUGUUUGAUGUCCGUGAAGAGGCCAUGAUGUGGGUUGUGGAAGACAGACCCCGUGGUGCUAAUGUGGCCAGGAGUCGAAAUAUCAUGAGCACGAGCUCUGAGGAGACCUCAGAACGUACAACCUCAGUCAGUGCAGCACAAAAUGACAUAGCUGUGGCCUUGCAGGAGGUAGUGAAAAUAAUCACUCAGCAGGGUAAAGCUAUUGGGGAACUCACUAAUGCAGUUCGAGAACUCACCGUACAAAAGUUCCAAGAGCCAGUCCACUGCCAACUCAAGCUCUGGGGUGCAGGGAAACGGGGUCCCUCCGUUGCUGUGAGCCGAGCAAUGCGAGGAAAACCCGAAGGCUCAAGAUGCAGCACGUUAACAAAGGAACGGUUCUUGGAGCGUGCAGUUGGCAAGUGCCCUGAAGUUGAUGUUCAAAUUGGCGGUGUUCUAGUUAGAUGUCUGCUAGACACAGGAAGUAAUGUGAGCACCUUAACAGAAAGUUUCUUCAGGAAAAACCUCCAUGGAGAAGACAAAGACCUUCACCGCACCUCUAAGUGGUUGAGAAUAACUGCAGCAAACAAGCUACCACUUCCAUACCUGGGCUAUGUUGAACUGGAUAUACAAGUGAUGGGGCUAACUAUACCUGAGUGUGGGUUUCUAAUAGUCCGAGAUGGGGAUGCUGCAGAACUAGAUCCAUCUCCCCCUGGUAUCAUAGGCAUGAAUAUCACCCAGAGAUGCAGAGAGUUUGCACUGACUGAGUUUGACACCACUUUAGGAGGAAAGCUGGACUCUGUGUGGAGAGAAGCCUUCAAUCAUGUACAGGACAUUGAACUGGAAAAAACGACGUCCACAGUCAAAGUUAGCGGUAAGGGCAAAACCCAUGUACCAGCAUCCUCUGUAGCCACGGUCUAUGCCAGAGUAAACAAGAGAGCCACUGACACCAGUGCUUGGCUGCUGCUGGAACCCGGGAGCACCCCAUUACCAGGUGGACUGAUCCCCAUGCCCACCUUAGUGUCGCCCAAAAGUCAAGUGCUUCCAGUUCAAGUAGUCAACCUCUCCCAAGAAGAUGUUUGGCUGCCCCCUAAUGUUCGGCUUGGCGUACUUACCCCCUGUCAGUGCGUUGAGAGUGACGUUUGUGAGGUGAGGUUUCACAGCAUCUCUGCCGAACACGAAGAAGUGAGUAUUGACCAGAGAGACAAACCAGAGUCCAAUACUAGCCCAAGGAAUCUGUUAAGUAGACUGCACAUAGGAGGUACCCCAGAACAGCAAGCAAGGCUCUGUGAGCUACUAACAAAGUAUGCAGAUGUGUUUGCAGAGUGCGACGAAGACCUGGGUUAUACAGAUCGAGUGAAACAUGAAAUCCACUUGACAGAUGAUGCCCCCGUUGCCCAGCCAUAUCGCAGGAUACCACCGACUCAGUUUGAAGAGGUCAAAGAGCACAUCUCGGGUUUACUCAGGAAGGGUGUCAUCCAGGAAAGCUCGAGUUCCUACGCCUCACCCAUCGUUCUGGUGCGCAAAGGCGAUGGAAGCCUAAGGCUGUGCGUGGAUUAUAGAAGACUAAAUUCCAAGACUAAACGUGAUGCUUUUCCAUUGCCACGUAUUGAUGAGAGUUUGGAUGCGUUGGGUGGAGCUCAAGUGUUUUCGACAAUAGACCUUGCUAGCGGUUACCAUCAAGUUGCCGUCCAUGAAAAGGACAGAUAUAAGACAGCAUUCACUACACCUUUUGGCCUCUAUGAGUACCGGCGGAUGCCCUUCGGGCUGUGCAAUGCGCCCGCAACGUUCCAGCGGCUCAUGCAGGCCAUCAUGAGUGACUUUGUGUUCCGAAUUGUGCUUGUCUACUUGGAUGACUUGUUAGUGUACUCAUCCACCUUUCACGAACAUCUGGUGCGACUUGAAACUGUAUUUAGAAGGUUGAAGGAAACUGGGCUGAAGAUUAAAAUAGAGAAGUGUCAUUUCUUGCAGCCAGAAGUGAGAUUCCUUGGCCAUCAAGUUUCGUCGCAAGGUGUGAGUACAGACCCUGACAAGAUAAGUGCAGUUCGGGAGUGGCCAGUCCCCAGUACUCUCAAAGAACUGAGAUCAUUCUUGGGGUUUUGUAGCUAUUACCGGAGAUUUAUCGAAGGUUUCUCUCAGAUAGCCGGGCCAUUGCACGAUCUAGUGAAUGUGUGCCUUAGAGAUACAAGCCCCAUCAAGGCAGCUCAGCUGUAUAAAAGGUCUUGGACUCCCCAGUGCCAAACGGCCUUUGAGCGUCUCAAAGACAAACUUACCAGUGCACCAAUGCUGGGGUAUGCUGAUUUCACUCUUCCCUUUGUGCUUGAGACUGAUGCAAGUAACCUCGGGUUGGGAGCGGUCUUGUACCAACAUCAAAAGGGUGAGAGGACUGUAAUCGCUUAUGCCAGUAGGAGGCUGAGAGGGGCUGAGAAAAACGAUCAGAACUACAGCAGCAUGAAGCUGGAGCUGUUAGCACUUAAGUGGGCGGUCACUGAAAAGUUCCGAAGUUAUCUGCUGGGGUCCAAAUUCACCAUCAUAACAGACAACAACCCCCUCUGCCACCUCACGACCGCCAAAUUAGGAGCCAUUGAACAGCGCUGGGCUGCCCAGCUCGCUGUUUUUGAUUUUGAAAUCAAGUACCGCCCUGGACGAUGCAACACUGCAGCUGAUGCUCUUUCUAGGAGACCAGGAUCCAAUGAACCACACUCUGAGAGUGAAGAUGCAGAGUAUGAUGGCUGUGUGGCAAUCUGUAAUUCGCUCAGGACAGGAACAGCUUUGGGACCGGAGCUGUUAGCAGCAGGAGUUGAGUGCAGCCGAGUCAGGCAGUUACAAACCGCCUUGGCUGGAGAAGGUGAUCUUGGGUGUGAGAAUACUCCCACUUUGCCCGGGUAUUCCAAGGCAGAGCUUCGUCAGUUUCAGGAGUCUGAUCCAACACUCAGUGUGUUCAAGAGAUUCUGGAGCCGGCAAAGGAAACCUACCAAGCAGGAGAGAUUAGUCCUGUCCAGAUCAGUGAGUUCCCUGCUCAAACAGUGGCCAAGGAUCAUUGAAAAGGAUGGUCUCUUAUACCGUGUAAUCAAGGAUGUCCACACUGGAGAAUGUCACCAGUUAUUGUUACCCACCUGCCUGACAGAUCAAGUCCUGAAAAAUGUCCACGAUCAGAUGGGUCAUCAGGGGAUUGAGAGAACCUUAGCCCUGUUGAGACAGAGAUGUUUUUGGGGAGGAAUGUAUGAGGAUGUGGAACAGUGGGUGAAGCAAUGUCAACGCUGCGUGUUAGCAAAGAUGCCGCAACCCAAGAUUAAGGCACCGUGGGCUUCAUUCUUGGCCUCCCGGCCACUGGAGGUUGUAGCAGUUGACUUUACAACUCUUGAACCAGCCACGGAUGGGCGAGAAAAUGUUCUAGUAGUGACUGAUGUGUUUACAAAGUUCAGUCAAGCAUUUCCCACUCGUGACCAGAAGGCCGAGACCACCGCCAAGAUCCUCCUCAGAGAAUGGUUCCUGAAGUAUGGAGUUCCCGAACGCUUACACUCUGAUCAGGGCAGGAAUUUCGAAAGCGCUGUUAUCGCGGAGCUCUGCAAGUUGUAUGGGGUCAAGAAAACUCGUACAACCCCACAUCACCCCCAGGGUAAUCCGCAAUGUGAAAGGUUCAACAGAACCCUUCAUGACCUCUUGAAGUCUCUCCCGCCUGAAAAGAAGCGCAGAUGGCCGGACCAUUUAUCUGAGCUUGUUUAUGCAUAUAACGUAACACCGCACUCGUCGACAGGGUACUCACCAUACUAUCUGUUGUUCGGGGUCCAGCCACAUCUGCCUGUUGAUGCUCUAUUGGGCCAGGAGCCUGUAACAGAUGAUAAGCCUGACUGGUUAAAAGUGCAUCAAGAACGUCUCCGAGAUGCCCAUGUUCGAGCAAAGGAAUAUGCUGAACGGAGGGCGGUGGAAAGAGCAAGGCAGCAUGAGGAGAAGGUAUAUUGCCCAGCUGUAGAGGUGGGGCAACAUGUGUACCUGCGACACCGCCCGCCUGGACGAAACAAGAUUCAGGACGCUUGGUCUUCCAUCGUGUACCGGGUGUUGGAGGUACAGGGGACCACCUACACCGUGGAGCCUGUUGAAGGAGGCACAGUAAAAAGAGUGCACAGAUCCAAUCUCAGGCCCUGCAAUAAUCCAGUACCAGUGCCCAUGCCAAGGAAUUGGAAGCCCCCUAUAAAAGAAGUGUGUACCUCAGCUCCUGAGUCAGAGAUGCCCUCGCUGGAAGCAGAGUGCGUUCUUGUGGAGGAAGUUCUUUGUCCUGUGGAGAAACUGACAGUAGCCCAGACAUCUGAGUGUCCAAGGCAACCGGUUCCUGAUCAUUUCUAUGAUCAUGUGGAGCAAUCUGAUACGAGUGGUGACGGUUCAGGACCAGAGAGCCAUGGGAUACCUGAAGGUGCCCGGGAAGUGACUCCAACAUCGGUGGAUUCAGGAAAAGAAAGUGUCCACUUACCUGCUGGGGAUCCAGUGAUGAGACCUGUGCCUGCUCCUAGAAAUAAAAGAGGAGAGUGUGUUAAGUUGGAAGUGCCUUGUCCUGCAGUACGUAAAACACAGAGAACAACUGCAGGAGCACAUAGUAACCCGUAUCGACUGCCCAGGUCUGCGUGCAAUGCAGUGUCUUUCAGUCCUGAUGUGCUCUCUCAGGUGCUAGCUGGAAUGGUCCUUUAUACCACUGGGCAGCUUCAAGGGGGGCAAGAUGAUCAGAUAUAGUAGUCACCGGGGACGUUGACAUUCAGCAGGGGAGAGUGUAACCAGGUUGAAAAGUUGUGUCAAACACAAAACUGUUUUUACCCCCCCCCCUGGGUUAAAUGUACUGCACACACAGUAUGUUUUCAUGCUUUUCUCAUCUGUUGCCAUAAGGUGAUGCUGGCCCUUUAAGAAACACGGCUGUGUGAGUGUCGUGAAGUGCUGCGAGAGCUACAAAUGAGCAGCACGAGUUAUAUUAGUGCAGGGUGAAUGUUCCGCCUAAAAUAGAUGUUCGUCAUCAUUAAAAUCACAAAAUACCGAGAAAUAUGCACAGGCAGUGAAUUAUAUACUCGUUCUCAGUGUGAUGUGAGUUCGGAUGGCUGUGUAGUUUUGCAUACCGACAACUAUUGCUGACGAACUGUUCAGUGUGGGGGAGCUAACUGUUUCUCAAGAUAUUUCAAGCGUAAGUGUUGACGAUAUAAUCUGUAUCGGUGUACUGUUAAAAAAGAACUUCUUUUGUGCAUAAUCUAAUGCAAACCAGUGUUACUGAAACAUGGUUAUUUUGUUUAGAGGGGAGAAAAGUGCUCCAUAGGCCCUUUGUGUUUCCGGUGCGAGUGUAAAGCAUCCAAGUGAGUGUUCACUUUUAUUGAUUGUAACAGUGUUUAUUAGUGCUUCCUUGGAAUGAGUGUAAUAGUAUCAUUGUUCUAAUUCAAUGUGUUCCAAAUGUUAAGGAAAAGUUUGAAUGUUGUCCCUUUAUCAUCUGCAGAGGGAAAUCGAGUCAGCAACUGGCCCUGUUAAUGUGUACAUGUGUUUAAGAGGUGAUGAGUUGUAAGUUUGAAUCAUCAAAUUCAUUUUUGAAGUCCUCUUAGUACUCAUUUACGAAUGUAAGGUUACCUGAGUGUGAAAUGCUGCAGUAGUGUUUGUGGUGUAUUAAGGAAUACCCCAAAAAUGCAACUAAUUUCCUUCCAUGUACUUUUCAUGUAACUUGAGUAGCCUUGUUUGAUUUGACAACUUUGAUUUGUUGACAGCUGUCAUGUUACAACUGUGUGUCUAUUUGUUUUCCAGCAUGAAAGGCUACUACCGUUGUCUUUGUUAGCAAAUAUUGUGGUGGAAAAGAAGUGCACUCAUUUUGAUGUGAAGAUCAAACUUUAUUUUUUCCUACUGGCUGUAAUCACAUUUAUAUUUUUCUGUCACUAUUUUCCAAAGUUUUCAUACUUAAUGCUGCACUGCUCCAAGUGCAGUCUGGAAUAAAAGACCCCAUUUAAAUUUUU